AACCGAAAUGGUGUGAAAUAAUUAACCUGAUAUGAGCAACGCAGUCUGCCUGUGGUUUGGAAAUUUCUCUCGUUUGUAAAGUUAAAUGUGUCGCGGUAAUGGUACGACAGUAACCUGUGACUGACAAGGUCUAGAGAAUACAGACCUUGGCUUGUGUUAGAAGACAAGAGAGAGAUUUCCCGAACAGUUCUAAAAUGAGUUGGCCAAAGGUGAUCCUGCAGUCUCUGAAGAAAUUACCUUACCACAAGCAAUCAUUACGAUGGACAAGCAAAGCUAUUAAAGCAGAGAGCAUAGAUCCUCAGCAAUUUGCACUUCUAAGUGAGCCAUGUAUCCUAGUGGAUGAAAAUGACAAAAAUAUUGGUUCCUCAUCAAAACGAGAUUGUCAUUUGAUGCAUAAUGGUUCAAGUUUAUUACAUCGGGCAUUUAGUGUAUUUCUUUUUAAUAGUUCAGGAGAAUUGUUAGUACAUCGACGUUCAGAAGCAAAGAUCACCUUCCCUGGAUAUUACACAAAUACUUGCUGUUCCCAUCCUCUUCAUACUUCUGAUGAAAUAAUAGAGGAAAAUGCUCUUGGGGUUAGACUAGCUGCACAGAGGCGUCUUGAAUUUGAAUUGGGAAUUCCACGUGAACAAGCCUUGCCCCAGGAUUUUACUUACCUCACUCGCAUUCAUUAUGCCAGUCCUUCAGAUGGAAUGUGGGGAGAACAUGAAAUGGACUAUAUUUUAUUUUUAACAAAAGAUGUUUCCCUAAAGCCUAAUGAAAAUGAAGUUCAAGAUGUAAGGUAUAUUAAACGAGAAGAUUUUCCUCAAUUUCUGAAGAAUCUCCACACAAAUAACAUUCCUAUAACACCAUGGUUUGAUCUUAUUUGCCAGAAGUUCUUACCUCUGUGGUGGGAAAAUCUUGAUAAUAUUGAUAGAUUUAUAGACCAUACAAAUAUCCAAAGAAUGAUAAAGUAAAUGUGCAUGGUAAGUUAUGGCUUUGUAUAAAAUAAUUCGGUGCAAUUUUAUCUUUUAUGUACACAUCUGUGCAUUACUGUUUGCCAUCUUGAUUUUAACCUUACUAAAUAGCCAUCAGUUAAGGUUCUAAAAUUUGUAAUUAAGUUACACAGUUCAAUUGCUUAGUGUUUAAAAAUAUGUUGUGUAGGUUUAAUUGACUAAUAGUACUGAAUUAUCUGAUAACAGAUGUGAAAUUUGAUCUGCCAAGAUGUGUAACAAAGCUAUCAGAACCAGUCAUAAAAAGUAGAUUUAGAUUUUAUCAAUUGUGUUUUUUUAUAUUUGAAUUUUAUGUGCAUUUUCUUAAUUUUUAUGAAUUAGGAAACUAAAUUAAUA